CCCCCGCCUCCCUGCAGCCGUUUUGGCCCUGGCCUUCUUCUCUGGCCCUUUUUUUCCCGGCCGCCUGGACACGCCUCCUGGCGGUCCGCUGCUCUCGGGAUUCUUGUUCUCCGAUCUCCGCAGUCCACUUCUCGCGGUCGUGAGUCAUGGGUGCCACCCUCGCCAAGGUGUGGCAGCGUUUUGCGGGCCAGCAGGAGAUGCGCAUCCUGAUGCUGGGCCUGGACGCGGCGGGCAAGACGACGGUCCUCUACAAGCUGAGGCUGGGGGAGGUGGUGACGACGGUCCCGACCCUGGGCUUCAACGUCGAGAGCGUGGAGUACAGGAACAUCAGCUUCACGGUGUGGGACGUUGGCGGGCAAGACAAGAUCCGCAGGCUUUGGCGCCACUAUUACAGCGGCACGCAGGGCCUUAUCUUCGUGGUGGACAGCAGCGAUGGCGAGCGUGCGGGCGAUGCCCGGGAGGAGCUUCUGAGUGUGCUCGGGGAGGAGGAGAUGCGACAUGCCGCUGUGCUGGUCCUGGCUAACAAGCAAGACCUGCCCCACGCCAUGCCCGCGGCAGAGGUGGCAGAGAAGCUCGGUCUCCCAGGCAUGCGCAACCACAAGUGGUUCAUCCAGUCUACCUGCGCUACCUCAGGAGACGGCCUGUACGAGGGCCUCGACUGGCUGUCGCGCGCUGUGCCGUCUCGACAAUGAAGGCAUAGACUGGCUGUCGCGCACUGUGGCGUCGCGACUGUACUGUCGCCGUUCCUGGAGGGUGAGCGAGGGGAGGGCCCGAAGAAGGAGCCAUUCCAUAAACAUACAACUUUCAGAUUUCGAACAAUCUGUUUACGUCGUUUGAUCUUAUUCCUUGGUACAGUCGGGGCGCUGAACAAGGAACCCUUUUCGUUGGGGAGGGGCUCCGUGUUCCCUAAUAAUUGGUUUGUUUCGCAGUUUGCCGUAGGUUGUCUUCAGGUUUUCGAUGGGGAACCGAAGUUUCACUUAUGGAGAAACAGGGGCCUCGUUCCUUUUUUCGGGUCCCUAAGGUCGAGGCCCCGACGGUAUUGGCGAGGGGAGGACGACCUCGGCAGUCAGUUUUUUUUUUUUUUUGUGCUUGUGCCCCUGGCGCGAGCCUGUGGCCUUUGAAGCUCCGCCCUGUGAGGUGGAGGGCGGCCCCAGAGCUCUGCGCCUCGGCCGCUGCGGGGUGGUCUGUGCAGUCUUCACACACAGAGUGGGAGGUGGCCACGGCGCGGUCGGCUCCAAUUUUUUUUUCUCUCUUUCGGGGACGGACAGGACCCCCAACAGUGACACGUCGGUUCGUGAAGUGUCCGUUUUCGGUUCCCGCGAGGGCGCCGCGGCCGUCAUUUCCCAGGCCUGCGCCCGCCAGGUUUGGACCUCAGGUCGUUUUCGCUAAACCACGUUGUGCUAAAGGGGGGUCUGUCCAUCCCCGACUCUUGGGGCUCGGUGGCGCUGGCAUGCGUGAGGAUGCUGUACGUGCGCGUGCCAGCUUAGGGUAGCGAGCGGUGAACAA